AGGAGUCUCUUUCUGGAAAGGACCAAGGAAGAAUGGGGUUUGUCCAUGAGCUUUGCUUCAUUGCUUUGGAGGUUUCAAAAUAUGCUGAUGGAUGUUGUCUUUGGGAAUUUCAUGGUUUUUUUCUACCUUUGUGCUUGCUACGAGGGCUGUUUUCAGCAAAUUACGUAGAUCACUCGGGUACAAAGACCUUCUGCUGGCAAUACUUAUUUCAAGUUACUUCAAGAUGUUUCUAAUUGCAAUGAUGGUCUCGGAAUGUCCUUCUGUGAUUUUGAUCAUUGACUUAUUUGUAUUAUCCUCCAACACUGUGGCACUCAAAGUGAUAACUCGGUCAGCUAUGAGUAGAUGUAUAGCAGCCUGCUUCAGUGCUCAAGUUGUAAGGUUUUCAGUCACACAAAGGUGCUGGACGUGGGAACUUUGAGAUCUUUUCUCACAUAUUGUUUGUUAUAGGAGAGAUCUUCUAUCAUUGUUGUGUCUGAAUCUCUUUCUUUGAGAAAGGUGGCACUUUUAAAAAUUGUUUUUGUUAUUUCCUGCAAAGGAAGAGGCAGUGACAGAUAAUUGAUAUGAGUGCUGUAAAAUCUGAUGCAGUAAACAUGUAAUAUGUUUGUCAUUAAUGAAAUCGAUUUCCGAUA